CGUCGCCACGGCCCAGAACAAAAUCAAUCGCAAGCCUUCUUGAGCUGGUACACAGAUCGCAUCCGAAUCAUCCCUGAGCUUUCCCAAUCUCGCUCAGUCCUUUCCACACCGAAUCGAGCAACCAUGUCGCUGAUCCGCCGCAGCAACGUGUUCGACCCCUUCUCCCUCGACCUCUUCGACCCCUUCUCCCUCGACCUCUUCGACCCCUUCGAUGGCUUCCCCUUCGGCUCCGCCAGCAGCAGCAGCGGCGGGGGCAGCCUCUUCCCCUCGUUCCCGCGCACCUCCUCCGAGACCGCGGCCUUCGCCGGCGCGCGCAUCGACUGGAAGGAGACGCCCGAGGCGCACGUGUUCAAGGCGGACGUGCCCGGGCUGAAGAAAGAGGAGGUGAAGGUGGAGGUGGAGGACGGCAACGUGCUCCAGAUCAGCGGCGAGCGGAACAAGGAGCAGGAGGACAAGUCCGACACCUGGCACCGCGUGGAGCGCAGCAGCGGCAGGUUCCUGCGCCGGUUCAAGCUGCCGGAGAACGCCAGGGCUGAGCAGAUCAAGGCGUCCAUGGAGAACGGCGUGCUCACCGUCACCGUGCCCAAGGAGGAGGCCAAGAAGGCCGAGGUCAAGUCCAUCCAGAUCUCCGGCUAGGCUGCUUUGAAGCUGUAGAGGUUCAGUUCGCUGCUUGGAUGGAUGCUUUUGAUCAGAGCCUGUAAUAAGCGUGGAUUUGGGUCUGGGUUCGAAUGUGUUUGAGUUGUUACCUGUUGCUAUGUUCUGCGUAUGUGUCUGACUUAGUGUAAGGAGAGCGUCGAGUCUAGUAUCUUGUAAUCAUCUUCUGUGCUGGUUAAGCUUGAUCUAACGAGUGAGUCGUCGUUCUCUUUUA